CUGGCCACUGGACCCGCCCCUGGAGGCGGGCCGAGUUGAUUAAAAACUCUGGCACCCGGGAGGCCGGCGCGUCUCUUCUCUCGCCCCGGCUGGGGUCUGUGCUGGUCGGAUCAAAGAAGUAAACAUUGUGGAGGGACACUGACAUGUUUGGAGAGAAAUGGGAACACAUACUAUAAUGAAAGAGCUACAUUUAGAGGUAUGGCUUGAUCCUGCAUCUCUGAAUUGUGCUUGGCUUCAGCAUUGACUUCAUUCUCAGAAAACUUGGGCUGCUCCUGUGUAGAGGAGAUUCAUAUGUUCAGUCUAGCUGGAGUUUUUCAGAUUCCUCACAUCAAAAACCUGGUUUUUAAUAUACUUCUACUACUUCUAAUCAAUCAACAAUGGAUUGGAAUGCAAAACCGAAAAGUGUCACCUUACCACCAAUGUAUCCUAAAAAACAGCCAUCAUUUUUGGAUCCAAGUAUAAUAAGUACACCAUUUCAAGUACCUUUAAACCCUCCUGGAAGUAACCACCCUGCAUGCAUGUUUCUGAGUAACUCAAAUCCAGUUCCACAGUCAGCCCUCAACAUCAGAAAUACAGCUCCUCAACAAAUCUCUGCUUCUGAUAUGCAUAGUAGGACAAUUUUUGCCUCACAAGCUUCAGUGGAAAGAAAAACAUAUGCAAAUGUAAAAGGAUCCAAUCAACUAAAUAACAGUUUGCAAAUAUCUCCAGGAGUUGCACAAAAUGUGUGGGCAAACUCACCAGUGAGUAAUUCUAUGUUUUCUCAUACGGGGACAGCUGUUUCUCAACCAACUAGUUUUAGAACUAAUCCACCAAAUGUAAAUGCACUACAGAAUCAAUUUGUAUCAUCAGAAAUCUAUUCUAGGCGAGGACAGAUGGUCCCUUCUAAUUCUGUAAGAGUUCCUGUAACUUAUCAAGGAAACCAGAGACUUACCUCAUCUUUAUCAGAGCGACAGGCUGACUGGGCACAACAGUAUACAUCCAAUGGACUGACUUAUGCAGAUUACAGACCACAUCCAGAGCAAUACAGUUAUCCAUCACAAAGCUUUUUGCAAAGUCCUGCUCUUCAGAAACAAAAUCCUAUGCCACUUACAUCAGUACAAGUUAAAAAUAGUCAUCCUUCAAAUUCUGCACUGACAUUACAGUCAAAGCAGACUUCACCACUACCAUCCUAUCAAAUUGCAGUUCUUCAGACUGAAAAAAGACUUCCUACUCCUUAUGAUUGUAGAUAUGUAAGCCAAACUUUGCAAAAUACUCAGCAUGUUACUACUCACUCUUCUAGUGACGUUCCUCAGAGUCAAGAAGCACACAUUUCAGAAAUAAGGAAAGACUUUUGCAGGAGCUUUCAACAGCAAAACCUCAAUGAAAAUGUAAGCAUGGUUGGAAAUUUUUGUAACGUGAAAGUAAAUACUAAUAUCAAUCAGCCUUUUAAUGACCCCACUAGAUCUUCUGCGGAUGAUGUUCAGAUUCUUCCUCAAAGUAAUCAAGAAGAAAAAGUAGAUUUUUGUAAUCUGACUUCAAGUCAAGUACCCGACACAAGUCUUGCAAAAGAAAAGUUAGUGAAGGAUAUUAAACAAUUAAUAGAAAUGAAAAAAAAAUUUUGUGAACUGGCUAGGAAAAUUAAAAUUGAUAAAAAUGUUUUAAUGUCAUCAGGUUGUAUUAAAGCUAAUAGUGAAUCAACUCAAAAUUCUGAACUUUCACUGAAACAAACUGGCAAAAUCCAUUUUGGAUCACAGGUAACCCCAGCCACUCCAGAGACUGUAGAGGAUAAAUCACCAACAGUAGUGGAAAUAGAAAAAACUACUUUGAAUCCUAACAUUCAAGAGACCAAUUUCAGAAAUUCUCACCAGGUUAAUUCCAUUUCACUAAAUUCUGUGUGUGCGGGAAAGGGGCCAGUGCCAGACCAGAUACAUAAUUUAAAAGAUAGCACUUCUUUCAAGAUACCAGCUAUGGAGCAAAACGAGUUUUCAUCAGGAAAUGUAGUCAAUGUUGAAAAAAAUGUGCAAACAAGUUCUGAAACAAUUUCAGUUACUCAGUCUAUGGCCUUUGAGUCAUGUGCUUCAAAAUACCUAAAUGAAAAUAGGCUACUUAUUAAUCUCCUUAAACAUGGAGAUGAAAUUGAGAAAAGGGUAAUGGAAGAUGGUUGUGAAACUAUUCAGGAUUCGAAACCACAAAGUUCUGAAAUGAAUGUCAAUACCCAAAUCACUGAUAACCAACUGAACUUGAAAACCAUGGAGACUCCAAGCUGUUGUAAUAUAAAUGCCAAGAUACCAGAAAAUUCUUUUUGCCUUGACCAUAAAUCCUCCCCAACUGGAGUUACUCUGAAUGCUGAUAGUCAUUCUUUGGAAUUGCUAGCAACGUGUCUUAAUCUGUGGAGAAAACAACCUUCCAAACCUACAGAAAAAAAACAGUGUAAUGAGUUAAACACACACAGAACAGCAGUUGGACUCUUGAAAGCUGGGGAAAUCUGUGAUAAAACUCCAGUUUCACUUGUGGGAAAUUCUCAGAAUAAGAAGGAAAACUGCUCACAAGUUACAACUCUGCCAAUGGUAGUGCAAAAUUAUGAAUCUUCAAGUGCAACUACUGUAAAGGGAACAGAACUUCAGAUUGCUGUGGUGUCACCCUUAAUUUCAGACAUCAAAACAUUGCCUGUCAAAGGAAUACCACCUGAUCCUUUACCUGCACCAGUCUAUCCGGUUAUUAAAGAAGGCAGUGUUUGUAGUUUACAGAAUCAAUGGGCAGAAAACACAAGAGUGACUGCUGUUUUGAAAGUGAACGAACCAGUUACAAGUAUAACAAAAACCAAGAUUUUCCCACUAAUUCAGGAGGAAAAGCAAAAUGCAUCAAUUAACAGUAAAUCAGAAGGUGUGCCUAAUACCAGUCAAGGAAAUCCGAUAAACUCUGAACCAGAUACUCACUGUCCUGUGAGUGAUCAGCAAACCUCAUCUAACUCAAGAGACAGUGAUACUGAGAGUAGUGAGUUGUUGCAGAUUGACAAUAUAUGUUCUCUUGUUGAAGGUGAUACAUCUUAUAAUUAUCAAAUAGCAAAGAUAUUCAACCCACCUAUUGAAAAGAUUGAGCCACAGAAAUUACCUAAUCUCCAAGUGAUUAGUACUAAAAAACAAACCGUACAAUUAGACAUUAUCACUGAAAAAGAGCUUGGUUUACAAGAAGGUAAUUUUUUACAGUACACAGAUGUUUCAUGUAAAAUACUUGAUCAAUCAAAGUCACCACAACCUCCAGAGUCAUCAUUUUUGAAGCAUGCUGACUCUAGUGAAAAUCCAGCGGAAAGCAAUUUGAAGCAUUAUACUAAAAAAGUAAGCACAGCUAAAGAUAUGUGUUCAUCACCUGCUCCUCAGGAAAGUAACUCUCAGGAAAUUGAUGUGUCCUGCAAUCACACUGCCCAGGAUCCUGCAGUAAAUGAGAUUCUUGAUAGCACAUCCAUCUUCCCACACAAUCAGCUUUCAGAACUUGCAAAAGAAUUUCCCUAUGGUAUUGAGCCUGUGAACAUUCAUGAAGAGUCUCCAGUACAGCAAAUAACAGUCCCAAACUCAAAAGAUGAGUCUUGUGAUGAAACCAGCUGUGACUCCAAAGAUGCAACUGACCAGAUAAAGAUUACAAUAUUAAACUCUGAGCAAAUGAAAGAAUUAUUUCCUGAACAGAAUGAUGAAUCUUGUGAGGCAGAUAAAUUGACACAAUGUGAGACAGAAAACCCUGUCACAAAAAAAAUCCAGUGUGACUCAGCAGUACAUACAGAUGGUUCUAAUAGUGUAAUGGAUUCAGAGAAAGAUGAUGUCCGUUGUUGUGCAUUGGGUUGGCUUUCUAAUGUUUAUGAAGGAGUUCCCCAGUGCCAAUGUAAUUCCAUCAAGACCUUGACUUCAAAGGUCGAAAACGGGAAAGAUCAGUGUUCUCUGGAGACCAACAGUUGUAAGCAAGGAGAGAGUAACUCUGAUAAAGAUGAUUCCAUAGUACUUAAGAGUUCUGCAAAUAACAAUACAAAGAUUGCUCUGACUUUUCCAAUUGGGAAAAAACAUUUUUCUGAAAUAGAACAAGGCAGGACUAUGAAAGAUAUAUCCAAACCAAAAUACAGCUCACUAAGGACAGAACAAGAAUUAACCGGUCCAUCUUUCUCUAAAGGGGUUAAAAAACUAGAUUCCUUACAAGGUCACAUAAGGAAAGGAAAACUGAAAUUUCAUGAGAUACGUUUUCACUCUAGUGAUAAAAGAAAGUUUUCUGAAGAGAGCUCACAGAGAAAGAUCAUAGGACAAAAUUCAAGUCCACCUAAAGCAAAGCCAGGUUUCUGUACAAAUAAAAAUAAAGAUUCGCAUAUAAAGAAUGGUUCAUUUGUACAGGAAUUAUUGCCAGAAGAGAGAAAAUUGGAAACAGGUGAUAGUCAGCAAAAAGUUUCAGUGAAAAGGAAGUUAGGUGAAGGGAGCAUACUUAAUUCAGAGAUAAAGAAGAUGAAGUAUUUUAAACAAGAUCAGAAUAAAAAUGGAGGUGUUACUUUGAAAACGGGUACUCUUUUGUCAAACCCCCAUGAAAGAUCCAAAAUUAAAGAAAAGUCAGUAUCUGAUGUUAAAUUAUCAGGCUCUUCAUCUAAGGAUGGUUUGCCUAAAGUUAAAGUUAUAACGCUAGAGCAGUAUUUGCAAAGACAGAAGCAUAAAGAAGCAAUGGGUGUCAAAGCAUCAAAAUCGAACUGUGAGAAAAGUGUACCAUGUGAGACUCAAUCCAUGAGGUCCAGUAAACUUACUAUGAAAGUAGGGAGUUGUGGGAAAUCUAAUGAGAUACACAGUAGCAGUGUGCACACCUCUGAAGAAUCAUUAAGUAUUUGUUCAAGCCAUGCUAAGAAAACAAAAAUCCACCAUUCUGAGGUAUCGAAAUCAUACCUUUUGGGGAAUGUUAAAGAAACGGUUGGUGGAAAGCAACCUGAUAAAAUGUUCAUUGAUAAAACAAAAUUAGAUAAAAAUUUCAGCAAUAUAAACAAUGGAGUUGAACCCAGUCAUUUGUCUCCUCAAGCAAAGGAGCAAAGGAAACAAUAUCUGAACAGAGUUGCAUUUAAAUGUAUUGAACGAGAGAGCAUUUGCCUCACAAAACUUGAGAGUUUACCGAAAAAUGUUAAUAAAGAGAAGAGAGUGGAAAAUAAACCUAACAGCCCUUUACCUAAGAAAAAUACCACAGAAAAACAAAGCAUGCUGGAGUUUAAAUUAUGUCCAGAUGGCCUGAUUAAUAAGAAGACAAACUCCACUGAAGAACAGGACGAUCUGCAGCUUUGUCCUAGGAAGGAGCAAGCCCCUAUGCAAGUUACAGGAAUAAAAAGUUCCAAAGAAGACUGGAUAAAAGGUGCACCUGAGGAGAAAAGAAUUCCAGAAGCCAACCAAGAAAUAGAUGACAAUGUCUUGGCUAAUUCAAGAAACAUCAACAGAACCUUCAGUGCAGAUGGACUUGAGACCCUAAAAAACCCAGUAAAGGAUUCAAAAGCAAUAUUUCAAACCUACAAGAAGAUGUAUCUGGAGAAGAGAAGCAAAAGCCUUGGUAGCAGUCCUUUAAAAGAAUUCUGAGACUUUAAUUCUUACGAUUUUGUAACUGGCAUUAGAAAAUUUUUAUUAUUUCCUGUUCAGAAUAUGUUGUUGUAAAUAUACAUAAUUUCUGUGAUAAAAUUCCUCAGUCAGAGUUGGUUACGACUUGUUAUAUAUGUCAUUGAAAACCUUAUUUGUGGGUAACAGACAAAAGUAAAUGCUAUUUUCAGGGAAACCAUAAGGCAUUGAAUUUCAAAAUUAUUGAGCCAAGUAUAUCAUUAUUUUAAAAGGAGUUAUACAAAUCUUAUUUUGAAAUGCUAACUUACCUUUUCUGAGGGCAAAAUAGUCUUCAGUUAAGGACUUGGUGAUUUUAGCUGAGACUUUAAAUAUAUUUUUGUUUCUAAAACUUGCAGAAUUUAGUUUUCAAAAGUGCUCUCUGAAUGUCAGUAUAUUCCUAAGUAUUUUAUACCUAAUUGUUAACUAUUAUUGUCAGAAGUCUUUUAUACUUAGUAAACUGACAGAAUUUUUGAUAAUAUUGAAAUAUUACUUUUUAUACUUGAAAUAAACUUUUAAAAAACAAUUGAAA